AUGGCUGCAGAGAAUGGUGUAGUGAUUUUCAGCAAGAGCACAUGCUGUUUGUGCUAUGCUGUAAACAUCCUAUUUAAUGAUCUUGGAGUGCACCCUUUGGUUCAUGAAAUUGAUCAAGAUCCAGAGGGGAGAGAAAUGGAGAAGGCUCUGUUGGGGAUGGGGUGCCAAUCACCUGUGCCAGCAGUUUUCAUUGGUGGAAAGCUUAUGGGGUCUACCAAUGAAGUCAUGUCCCUCCACCUAAGUGGGUCCCUGAGAGGUACGUCACGGUGGUCAUCCGGGGAAUCCGUUGGAUCAUAUGAAGUGCUUUUGCGGUUGUAUAACCGGUUAUUCAAAUGUACUGCUGUUGCGUGUUCUUGCAAGUGA